GCAGUUAGUGAGGGUGCGAUUGUGUCGGAGACAUGAUGCAGAGACCCGGAAUGGUCGGAGUCGCGCUAAACCACCAGGUCACAGCGUUCCACACGCUCAGGGCUUUGCUGCAGGACAGGGGCUCAGAACCCUGUGUUCUCAUAGAGGAACCGCACCCCCUGCCCAUUACCGGCCUCACUGCACUGAAUGAUGAAUGUGCCGGGGAAGGUACCAGCACCAGUCGCACCAGGACUGCCAGGGAACUGCAGCCAGACUCUGCCAGCUUAUACUCUGCCUCCGUCACUACAUCCAGCGCACUAAGGGCAGGAUCUGCAGCGGGGACUAAAGCCCCUACACUGGCACAGAUGGCAUCGCAGAACCGCCUUUCCAGGGUCACCAACUCCACCGCUCAGCUCUUACUGGUGGAACAGAACAUGCUGCAGCACCUACCGCCGGAGCGGCCCCUUGGCAUUCAGCUGAAGGACAGCAUUGAAUUCAGAAACAUCUGCACGCAUAUGGCUCUUCAGGAGGAGGACCGCAAGUUUGAUAAGGAUGUGAAUGAGGCCCAGCAAUGCUUAAGGACAAUCAUCACCAAUCUGAUCACUGCCCUUUUAGCCCUGAACUCAGAGUUUUGUGCCGCUGCCGCCGAGGAUCUGCGCUCCAUACUGAAAAAGCUCACUGAGGACUGAACAAAGAUAGGACUGGUAUGGAACAAUAGGCAAUAUGAAUGGAAAGCCAGGAGUUGCCAUAACCUAUACAGUUAUUGCACACAAGGAACAAUUCAUAAAGACUGGCACGUUCCAUUGCAUGAGCAGCACAGGGACAAGAUGGCUUCUCUGGUGGCUUCUCUUCUCUGACAUCUGACAAACUGGCAGACAUUCGUUUAUCCUAAAUAACACAAUAAUAUGACAUGUGAAUAUUUAUGCUGAGUAAAUGGUAGGGUGAAUUUUAGUCAGUCUGGGAUGCCUGCAGUUCAGCAGCCACUGGGAGUUGCAGUUCAGCAGCCACUGUAGGGUAAACAGUAAUCUAAUCUAGAGGCCUGAGCAUGGGCUUCAGAGGUCCUGAGUAUAAAAAGGAAUGUUUUCUUUUAUUUGCAGUCAGUAUUAUUUAGUGUAUUUAUUUAUCUCUUUAUUAUGUGAAAUCAUGUUAUGUGAAAACUCAGACUGGUCUCCUUCUGACCAAUUCCCCCUAGACUGACAGUGUUAUUCUAUUCCUGACUCUCAUUCAUCCAUGCUGGAACGAAGCGCCUCUGCUAUCCAGAGAAUCUGUGCAGCACCCACCAUGUCUCCUCCUGCCUACUCUUCUCUCUGCAGGUUGGGACCAUGCCUACUGCCUGCCUAACCCUGCCUCCCAUUGCCCCUUUCCCAUAGGAAGAAUCACUGCCCACUGCCCCCCAUUCCUUUUUUGCACAGUUUUCGAUGCUGCUAUUUCACAUUUGAACUAUAACAAAGUAUCGCCUGGCCAGUGGUGUAACUAUGUAUACAGCGGGGAAGUGCAGUGCCAGAGGGCAAGGGGGGGGGGGGAGGAGGGACUGGUUUUGCCGGGCCCCCUCAGAAGAUUCACAGGGGGGCCCAGAGUGACCAAGUUACGUCCCUGCCCCUGGCAUUGGGAAACACAUUGUGCAACAGGUUCUAGAACAAGCAGUGUGUUACUGUUGUGUAGCAUCUUUUUAACUCUUUUAUGGACAUUACAUAAGUAUUCAUUUGACAAUUUGUUGUUUCCUGUAUUUGCCUUUAUGUCACACACUUCUAUAGGUCCAGCAUUCAGGGCAUAUUGAAGUGUGAUGGACGUGUGUAAGGUUCAAAACUGAACUUCUGUUUCCAUCAUCAGUGCAAUAGUAACUUUAGGUGUUUAUUAAUGUAAAUGACAACCUUCUUGCCCAACCAAUUUCCUCUGCACCCUCAUGGCUACAGAUCCAAAAGGCUUAUGGCACAUCUGGCCAUAUAUUGUAGCUUGUCAACUUGCAUUUGUUUUUAGACUCCAUUUUAUUCCAUUAAUGUAAAUGACAAGCUACACAAUUUUGGGAAAGUAUGCCUGGCGCUGGGCCCAAACUAGGGGUAGGCAGAAGAGGCACGUGCCUAUGGCACAAUGAUGGGAAGGGGCGAGCACAUACCUCAAGUGUCUGCCUACUCCUGCUACAGGGGCCCUUGUCCCCCCACUGCACACUUAAGCUUGUCCUAUUCUGUGUUGUCACCAUGCACGCUUUCCCCUGUACGGGGGGCUGGUUAAGGCACGGUUACCAGCCGGGUUGCCUAGGGCACAUUGGCAGGCUCUGGCUUGGCACCUCAUGGGCUAAAUUAACUUUUUACAUGUGCUAUAGUGCAGUUGAGUCUGGUGAAUGCAUCCUAUAACAACUGCAGUAGCAUACACUGUGGGUACAUUCUCUGUUUCUCAUAAUUCUGAAAUGUGAAGAUGCCAGAAUAAAUGUUAAUACUAUAAUGCUUGUGACUAUAUGUUUACAAUGCGUUGUUUCCCAUUGUGCUCACAUAUGGGCCCCAGCACAUUUGGACCCCUCUUGGAUACUUUGGAUAACUGUGCCUUAGGGCCCAGUGAGAGACAAUCGCCUGUGCAGUCACACAGAAAUAUUGCUUUCUUUGUUACUGACCCUGAAAUUGCUGUCCAAUGGCAGUACUGACAAUCUAGUGCAUUAUGGGCCUGGCACAGACACACAAAAAUUUAUUUCAUGGUUUCCAAUAGAAGUCUAUGGGGAAAUUCAUAAUUGAAUUAGGAAAUACGCUUUUCUCAUUGGAUUGAAUCUGGUUCUAUAUCUGCCUUUGCUUAUACAGCCAAUUUAAUACAAUUCUUAUUUAUUUGCCUUACCUUUUUGAAAUACACUGUGAAACCUACCUAGAGUAUUGUCAAGAAUGUUUAUUUAAACUGUUAUAAUAUUACAGUUUUAGUAAAAAAUCUACAGGUACAAAA